AUGGAAAUUGUCUCCCGCACAUCCCGGUUCGUCAUCACUGCGAUGUGUCUGGAGCCCUAUGUGGCCAUCUGCCUGCCACUGAGACAUGCAGACAUUUCCAUCCUGAGGAGGACACUGGCUGGAAUUCUCUUCAUCUGGGCUCUUAGUUCCUUGUAUGCCAUUAUUGAUCUCUUCAUUUUCACAGCUUCAGCACCUCCAAGUUAUUAUGAAGAAAAGACAUUCUGCCGCUAUGAAAUAUUAUUACUGACAGAAUGGCACACCUAUAUGAGAGCCAUUCUGUCAAAUUUGGAAUUUGUUGUAAUAGGAAUAAUCCUGCUGAAGACGGUAAUUGUCCAGGUGCUGGUUGGGAUUUUUCUCUGUGUGAACUGUUUCAUGCUCUUCACUUUUUUCAAAAAAGCUGUUUUUUGGGCAACCACACGCUACAUUUUGUUCGCACACACCUUACUGAAUGACUCAGUUCUUUUGUUAUUGACAGACCUUGUGGCACUACAGAUAUAUUUAAAUAUCCUAGUUCCUGUGGAAUUUUGUAUUUUACUCUGCAUGAUUAUGGAAGUUCUCUCCCGCACAACCCCGUUUAUCAUCACUGCGAUGUGUCUGGAGCGCUAUGUGGCCAUCUGCCUGCCACUGAGACAUGUGGACAUUUCCACCCUGAGGAGGACACUGGCUGGGAUUCUCUUCAUCUGGGCUCUUAGUUCCUUGUAUGCCAUUAUUGAUCUCUUCAUUUUCACUGCUACAGCUCCUCCAAGUUAUUUUGCACAAAAGACAUUCUGCAGCUAUGAAAUAUUACUACUGACAGAAUGGCACAAGUACAUGAGAAUCAUCCGGGCACAUCUGGAAUUUGCUAUAAUAGGAAUAAUCCUGGUAUUUUGUUACAUUAAAAUAACAAUAGCAGCAAGAGCUGCUUCAGGAGACAAUAAAAAAUCCUCAUCCAAAGCUCAAAAGACUUUGCUUCUGCACACAGUGCAGUUGCUCCUCUGCUUAAUUGAGAUGUUGUGUCCCUUUGUAGAAAUAGUUGUUCUGGAGUUUGACUUUCAGAUUUUUGUAACUGUAAGAUAUUUCAAUUUUAUUGCUUUUACGUUGGCUUCCAGAUGUCUCAGCCCUCUUGUUUAUGGUUUAAGGGAUGCAGAAUUCUUUAAUGCUCUUAAAUAUUAUGCAUGUUUUAGAUUAAAGAAAACUGUGUCUCCCCACUUUGUAUACACAUAG